AAGAAGAGAAGAGGAGGAGAAGAAGAAGAAAACGACAAUGUCCUCUCAAACUCAGGUUUUGGUGGAAGAGAAAUCGAGUGUUAGAAUCUUGACACUAAACAGGCCAAAGCAGCUGAAUGCUCUGUCCUUCGACAUGAUCUCUCGUUUGCUGCAACUGUUCCUUGCAUAUGAGGAGGACCCUAGUGUGAAACUUGUCAUCCUAAAGGGUCAGGGAAGAGCUUUUUGUGCUGGUGGAGAUGUUCUAUCUGUUGUUCGUGACAUCAAACAAGGCAAAUGGAGGCUCGGUGCCGAUUUCUUUACGGAUGAAUACACGCUUAACUAUGUUAUGGCCACGAAUACCAAAGCUCAGGUUUCGAUUUUGAAUGGUAUUGUCAUGGGAGGGGGAGCUGGUGUGUCCAUCCAUGGUCGAUUUCGUGUGGCAACUGAGAAAACGGUUUUUGCCAUGCCUGAGACAGAACUGGGGCUCUUUCCAGAUGUAGGCGCCUCUUACUUCUUGUCAAGGCUCCCUGGAUUUUUGGGAGAGUAUGUUGGCCUCACAGGAGCUAGGUUAGAUGGUGCUGAAAUGCUUGCUUGUGGUCUUGCAACUCAUUUUGUGCCUUCAACGAGGUUGACUGCAUUAGAAGCAGAUCUUUGCGAAGUUAGAUCAAGUAAUCCAAUCUUUGCCUCAACAAUUAUUGAUGCAUACACUCAGAAACCGCACCUGAAACAGCAUAGUGCUUACCACAGGUUAGAUGUUAUUGAUAGGUGCUUCUCGAAGAGAACGGUCGAAGAAAUUGUAUCAGCACUUGAGAGAGAGGCCACUCAGGAACCAAAUGAUUGGAUCUCAACUACCAUUGGAGCAUUGAAGAAGGCUUCACCAGCAAGCCUUAAAAUCGCUCUUAGAUCGAUAAGAGAAGGACGGUUCCAAAGUGUGGGGCAGUGUCUUAUUCGUGAGUAUAGAAUGGUGUGUCAUGUGAUGAAGGGAGAUAUAAGCAAAGACUUUUUGGAGGGAGCCAGAGCCAUAUUGAUAGACAAGGAUAGGAGCCCAAAGUGGAAGCCAUGGAGACUGGAGGAGAUGAAGGAUAGCAUGGUAGAGCAGUACUUCAAGAAAGUGGAGGAAGAGGAAGGAUGGGAGGAUCUAAAGCUUCUACAAAGGAAGAACUUGCCUUCUUUUGCGAUCUCAAAGCUGUGAAGUGGUGAAGAUGAUGCAGCUGAAGCACUUGUUCAUCUGUUGGUGCUCAUCUCUCCAUCUCUCCACUCUCCACAAUAAUGAGAGAAGGUGGUUUUCCUUAUGUUUAG